GAAGAUGGCGGCGUCCUCGCUGGAGCAGAAACUGUCCCGCUUGGAGGCCAAGCUGAAACAGGAGAACAGAGAGGCCCGGAGGCGCAUCGACCUCAACUUGGAGAUCAGUCCGGCCCGGGCUCGGCCUAUUAUUGUGAUCACUCUAAGCCCUGCUCCCGCUCCAUCCCAACGUGCAGCAUUGCAGCUUCCCUUAGCCAAUGAUGGCAGCAGCCGAUCCCCCUCUUUGGAGAACUCACCCCAGCACCACACUCACCCAUCACGCCCCCGAAACAUGCUGGGCCUGCCUCCUCAGCCAUCAUUCCUCCCCCGGAGCAUGGAGAGUAUAGAGAUUGAUCAGAAACUGCAGGAAAUUAUGAAGCAAACAGGUUACUUGACUAUCGGAGGGCAGAGGUACCAAGCAGAAAUCAAUGACCUAGAAAAUCUGGGUGAGAUUGGAAGUGGGACAUGUGGACAGGUGUGGAAAAUGCGUUUCAAGAAGACAGGGCACAUCAUAGCUGUGAAGCAAAUGCGUCGUUCGGGCAACAAAGAGGAGAACAAGAGGAUCUUGAUGGACCUGGAUGUGGUGCUAAAGAGUCACGACUGUCCCUACAUUGUUCAGUGCUUUGGGACUUUCAUUACGAAUACUGACGUUUUUAUAGCCAUGGAGCUGAUGGGCACGUGUGCAGAGAAACUGAAAAAACGCAUUCAGGGGCCUAUCCCUGAGAGGAUCCUAGGAAAGAUGACUGUGGCAAUUGUCAAAGCACUCUACUAUCUGAAAGAGAAGCAUGGUGUCAUCCACAGAGAUGUGAAGCCUUCCAAUAUCUUGUUGGACGAGAGGGGGCAAAUCAAACUGUGCGACUUUGGGAUCAGUGGGAGGCUGGUGGACUCGAAAGCCAAAACCCGAAGUGCUGGUUGUGCGGCAUAUAUGGCGCCUGAGAGAAUAGACCCCCCUGAUCCCUCAAAACCAGAUUAUGAUAUCCGUGCAGAUGUGUGGAGCCUGGGCAUCUCUCUGGUUGAGCUGGCUACAGGUCAGUUUCCCUACAAGAACUGCAAAACAGAUUUCGAGGUCCUCACCAAGGUGUUGCAAGAAGAUCCUCCCCUUCUCCCAAACAACAUGGGAUUUUCUGUGGAUUUCCAGUCCUUUGUGAAAGACUGCCUUACUAAAGAUCACAGGAAGAGACCAAAGUACAACAAGCUACUUGAACACAACUUCAUCAAGCGUUACGAAACACUGGAAGUGGACGUGGCCUCCUGGUUCAAGGAUGUCAUGGCUAAGACGGAGUCCCCCCGCACGAGCAGCAUCCUCAGUCAGCACCACCUGCCAUUCUUCACCAGGUAGCUGUGUAGUGUGGUGGUUGUGCCAGGGCAGGGGCCCCUUGGCAGCCAGAGCUCACAAGGUGGGGCGAGCGAGAGAGCACCACAGCAGGCACCUGUCUUCACAAGAGCAACUCUUCAGUGGCAUGAAUGGUUUGCUUCACCUGCUCCUUCACCCCUGCCCAUUUCAUCUUCUUCAGUGUUUCCAGGAAGAGAUGGGGGUAGUUGUCUGGUCUUUGUGGAACUUUGGGCGUAUUCCGGAGCCUUUUGCAUCUCAGGCACUGAGCAGCCCAAGAAUACAAGGCUCUGGGCAAGAAGGCCUUUUCCAGCCUGUGCUUGUAUGUUUCUGUGGUUGAGCGUCUGCCAUCAGGAGUUGUCACCAAGUGACCACGUGCUCCCUGCUUGUCUCCCUCCACCGGUACUGGAGGCUCAAGGUUGUGCAACAGUGUUCCUGGCUCACGCACUGUGAACAGACACAAAACACACAAAAGGAAAAAGAAAAGAUAUUUUUUUUACCACUUAUUUAUUAAGUUUGGACUUCUGGUGCUGCGGGCUGCCUGCUGCACCCGUUCACCAAUCCCUGCGUUAUUACAUGUCCUUUUUGUUUUUGUUUGUGUUUUUGGGUUUGUAUUUGCUGAGGGGGAAUGGGGCUGGGGGUAGAUGAGUCAGCUGCUGCUUUAGAUUCUGAGCUUAACUAUUGCUGUUGUCUUGAUUUCAUUUUUUCUUAGGGCUGGGGGGACAGGAAAGGGAAAGUCUGAAGAUUAUUCUCACCCAAGAGUAGCUCAGUUAAAGUGAUUGUUUUUCCCUCUUCAAUUCUUUUUGAUCUCAGGGGUUCCUAUUCUUUUGUUUUGAGUGUGAACAAAGUUUUGUCAAUGGUGUUUUAUUUACCAAAGUGUGUGUUUGGUGCUAGGAUAAAUGCUUGUUCAUUUUCUUCAAGUAUUUAAGAAAAGGAACAGCAAAACUUAAAGAUAAUCCUGGCAUCAAGAAAGCCAUUUCUAAAAAAGAUUCAGCCCAAAUGAUCUCUUACUGCUGUGACUUGGGGAUUCUUUUUUCUUUUCUUUAAAAAAAACCAACUAGAUGGUAACACAUUUAUACCCUCUGAUCUCUUGUGGAGUUUCUAGGCUAGAUUCUUAACUGGAGACAAUUGUGUAUUUCCAGUUGAGGAAUUGCCAGUUUGCUCUUUGGAGAUUGUGGGCUAGAAUCUGCACUGCCUGGUUGGAUGCCCAAAUUGUGUGCAUUCUCAGAGGCGGGUUCCUAAACGAUGCAAAAGGCUCAGCGGAUGAAGGAGGGUGAGCACUCACUUCAGUCCUUCUUCGUUUCACAACACAGCUUCAUUCCUGCUCGUGUUUUCCACAGGAUAAGAAGACUGGAGGGACAAGUUCUAGUCACCUAUAAUUUCAAGGUGCCUCUUAGACUGACAGUCUUUCCCAGUUUGAUGGGGUCAUUCCUCAGGAACCGAGUUGUCUGGGUCACUGAAGUUGUCAUGUCAUCGUUUAGGGGCAGCCAUUGUCACCAGCAGCUUUCGGAAUGAGAGGUGGCCAGAGACUUUGGGGAAUGGGUCCUGGUUUUCUUCUGGAGUCAAUCUCUCACUAACAGAGGCUAACACACAACCCUGAAGCUCUGCAUGUUCACCUGAAAGUGAGGCUCAUUCCUGCUUUCUCCUGCUAGCAAAGGUUUGAAUAUUGUGUUCUUUGCACUCUUACUCUGAUCAGCUUAAUUUUUGAGUUAGUGUUUUAACUCGUGGCACAGGUAAGAAAGGGCUCCAUAUGGCAGCACCUCACUGUACUGUGCUUUCAGAUGUUAUGCCAAGGGCCAUAUUAGGGUACCAUAUAGAUAAGUUUUAUAAACCAAACCCCCCAAAAAUCAAAAACUUUGCAAAAGUUUGAGGCUAAGGUCCUGCAGUGUUUGGGAUGUCCUAAAAAGAGGAUGCAGCUGUGGUCAUUGAUCCAGGGAUAUCUGCCUAGUACCACUAUCUGAGACAGCAUAAGCCGCAUCAAGACUUGCCUAUGUUCUGGCCAUUUCCAAGAGGAGCAGUUGUGGUUGUAGGAAUGAAAGAGCCAAACGUAGGUUUGUUUGGUGGCAGAAUUAGUGGAGGAAGGUGCAAUGUUAGCAUAAUCCAUGCUCAGUCACGGUGUUUGGAUGUGAGAAGCAUGUUUCCAUAAAGUCAGACUGUCCCAGGAAGGGCUGUCAGAAUGGCAGAAUGAAGUUGCUUGCUUUUCUGAGGGAGGGCGUCGCUAGCAGGAGUGUGUUCUAGGACUGUUCUAGGAUUUUAAAAAAUUGACAAUUGUUAACAAAGAAUGCAAGUUGCCAAAUACCGUAGAGAAGAGGGAAUGCUCUGUUCAUAUAAGAUGAAUGGCCUCAGUCCAGGUAGCUGGAACAUGGUUAGAGCACAGUGUAGGAGUUUGUUUCCUGUACUGACCAACCUCACUGGAGAUUGUUAACAUGGCAGCAUUUUAAAAAAAUAUGGAGGAAAAUCCUGUUGCACAUAGGUUUUACAGCUGAAUUUGUGCCAGAGAGGAAACUGUAUGAAAUGCAUUAUUUGAAGAGAGAGACCUAGUGUAUGAGAGAAGGUAGGAAGUGAAGAGAUGGUGAACAUAGAGCUGAUAUAGAUGGUUUCAGGUUAUGAUGGACAGAAACUAUGCUGAGACAAGGAAUGAAUAGUUGUGGAUUUGAUGGAAAUAAAAUAGGAUGAACAAUCAAGACAGAAAAGUCGUCCAAAGUGUGGCUAAGAAAAAACAGGAGAUAAGCUAAAGAGCAGCACACUUGAGAGAUGCUUAGCUUCUAAGAUGGAUUCCCUUUACGAGAAGUUUAUUUGUAUACACCUCAUCUGUGAAGUGGAGGUAUGCUUCCUAAAAUGUCUUUUUAAAAAAAUCCCCAGGAUAUUAAGAAAAUUGGGGAAAUAAUUCCAAAGGCCUUCUGGCCUAGUUUAGAUGUACACAUUCACGGCUUGCUAAGCCACAGUCUCGAACACUGGGGACACAUAUUGGGCUGCACAAACUAAUGCAUGCCCACUGGAGCAUCGUCCACAAGGUAAUGGGAAGAGCACUGCAUGUUUUAGUGGCAAAAGGGAAAUGCAGAUUUCAGUCAAAAUACUGAAAUGGCUAGAGAAAGGGUGGGGCAGAUGCAAAAGCCUAAGGUCUAAGUGGCUGGAAGAUGUGAUGUGAAAUACUUAGUAGAACUAAGGCCCUGAUGAUUGCUUAGUGGGACUGCUGCAGUAGGAUUGCAGUAGAAUUCCCAUUGCAUGUGUGUUAGUGAUCAUGACAGGCCUUCACUCUUCUGCUAGUUUUGGCACCGCACAAUAAUAAUAAUAAUAAUAAUUAUUAUUAUUAUUAUUAUUAUUAUUAUUAUUAUUAUUAUUAUUUAUUUCUUGCCCACCUCUCCACUUUGAUCGAGGCGGGGAACAACAACAAACGAUAAAAUACAUAAUACUCAAUGAAAACAUAAUGUACAUUGUUAAAAGCAUCCUAAAAACAUUUUUAAAACAUCUUUACAGUCCACUGGAUAGGCCUGCCAGAAGAGAUCAGUCUUUAUAGCUUUCUUGAAUGCUAGUAGACUGUUAAGUUGAUGAGUCUCCUCCGGCAGGCCAUUCCACAGUCUGGGAGCUGCAGAAGAGAAGGUCUUCUGGGUAAUAGUUGUUAAUCUAGUUUUUGCUAGCUGAAGCAGAUUUUCCCAGAGGACCUGAGUGUGCGGGGCGGAUUGUACGGGAGAAGGUGAUCCCGCAGGUAGCCUGGACCCAAACCAUGUAGGGCUUUUUAGGCGAUAACCAACACUUUAUACUUUGCUCAGAAACUAAUUGGCAGCCAGUGAAGAGAUUUUAAAACUGGUGUAAUGUGGUCACCCCUAGGUGUACCGGUCACCAGAAACGUCAAGUAUUUUAUUGACCACUUGGGGAAUCCAUCUAGCAAAUUGCUGAUUCCCACAGCUUAGAGGUCUGGGCAGGUCUUUGCAUAGUGUUUUGAUAGGGGAAAUGAAAUACCCUGGAUAGAGAAUGUUGGGAGAAGGUAGGGCGCAGAGAGAGAGGGAAGAAUGAGAAGUGGGCUUCCAAAUUCAGGUUGAAGAAGCAUGUACCAGUUGAAAGAGGCUCCGGGCUGCAUGGAGAAGAGAGUGGGGUUCAAAACUAAACAUUGGGGGAAAGCUCAGAAUGUAUAGAAGGUAAGGGAAAGGGGUAAAGGCGGUGAAUAGAAGUCGGACCUUUCUACACCUAAGGAUUAUCCGAAAUUGGAGGGACAGUCCCGGGGGAAAAGGCAGGUGUAGAAACGGGCGUAGUCUCCUGGGAAGCAGUUGAAUAAUAGCCUUGUCCUAAUAGCUUGUUGGGCUCUGCAGCUUGUGUUUCCAUUUUACUACACUAUUAAAUGUACUUCAGGAAAGUAAACAUACUAGUUGGCAGAGGGAACAGGUGAUAUGUGAUAUCAGCUUGCACUGUCACCGCUCUAACGUGAGCAGGAGAUCUUCACUAAGGUGCUAGCGGUGAAUCUGCCUUCUGACUUGGCAGAAAAGGGCCAGUUUGGUUUUUAGAGCACAAAAUUGGUCAAACUGAUUUAUUAUCAGUUGCCAGCAUGAAUGCGGUUUGAUGGAUUUUGUGCUCUAAAAGCCAAAAGAUGCACCAGGCCACUGGAUGAUUACUAGUAGCUGGCUAGGAAAUCUUAAUCAGGUGGCAAAAUGUUGGGAGACAUCUGACUAUAUGGUAAUGUAAUUAAAUUACCUAGAUGCAGGAGUUGUUGGGUCCAGUGAAUAAGUGCUUCCUAGUAAUUGACCAUUUUUGUCAGUAGAUUUUUUAAAAAACAACUGUUUAAGUUGGUGCCAACUAAGUAUCUGUUGUGUUGCAUUUUGUGACUUCAGAAUCUAAGAAAUCAGCCAUUAUUGAAAGUUGCUUAAAGCAAUGCUUAACUUUUCAACAGGAAGUUUGUACUAUGCAUCCGAUGGCUUUUAUAUCUCUAGUGCAGGAGUGGGGAGCUCCCCCCUGUGCAUUUUUAUGUUAUGAGCUCAGUCACACGAGUUUGCCACUGUCCUUCCAAGCCAAAUAUGCCACUGAUAACAGGCUUCAGCAGAAUUAGGUUGUCUUGCGCUUAGGUAAUUCAGUGCAAUCAUGGUGGAGCUGAAGUCUCUGGUUGAGUAUUUACAAAUGACUAAUGGAGGAAAGGCAUCAGCAAAGUGCUAGAAUUAACAAAAGGAUUUUUAUUAUGAAAAUUAUGCAAGUAACAAUUAAGGUUAAAAUUCUAGGUUGGAAAUAUUUUUUCUCAGGCUGAAAACACGUCUUGUUUCAGGUAUAGGAAAGAAGGAUGAAGAACAUCAGAAAAGAAGUGGUUUAUGUUCCUAAAAAGAGGUUCAGAAUGGUUUGGUGGUUGCUGUAGGUUUUAAGUGGAAGCUUCCAGGUUCACUAGAAAUGUUUGUACCGUUGAGGUGCUGCAUUUGUCCCUUGCAAGAAAUUAGUUUGGAUUCGAUACUCUGUUUCUUUUUGGACUUAAAGAUCCCAAACACUGCAAACCACCUUAAAAAGCUUGGCCUCUUGAAAAGCAUUUUUCUCCCUCCCUUUGACUUCAAGAGAGAAAGCAAGAAUAACCUCUUAUAAGGAGAUCACCGAACUUUCAAGCAUGGAAGGAUGUCUUCCACUUUCAAAAUAAGGUUAAAAUUUAGAUUGGCAUGGUGGGGAGGGUCAUGGGGAAGUGUUAAAGGCUUUUUUCAAAUGUUCAAAAGCACGGGAUGUCUUUUCAAGAAAAAAUGAGAAAAAAAUGCAGUUUUAUUGCAUUUUUAGAAUUAUUUUUUUAAUGUAUUAAUUUAGAACAAAUCUUUGUUAAUGUUAUUUUUAAUCUGGGUGGCUAAAUGUUUACAAUCGCCUGCCUGACAUCUGCUCUUAAAGUGUGUGUGUGGGGGUGGUGGUCUUGGGGCUGGGGGGGGGGCACAUGUGUGCAGCGUGUGAUGCAUGCAAUUCAAAUGGGGGAUUUUAAAACAAACAAAACUGUAAAAAAAAAUCAUGCCAAAGGUAAGGCAGAGACUAGCUGGGUAGAGGGUUAUAUUCUAGGCAUUAGCAUUUCACUAUAUUCUCUAUAUAUCAUAUAUUAUAAAUUUGCAUGUUAAAGUAAAUAGAAGUUACUUCUAUCUUAUAUGGAAAGGGACUUUUAACUUUGGAUUACUUGUAAAUUUGGUCACUUGUCUUGAUUCAGGAUUGCCUGAACACCUUAAGCUUUAGGGGCUGCUUGAUUUUGUAUUUGGUUUUUGUUAUUUUGGUAGCCACCAAACUUUCGCUUUGCUGCCUUUUCAUGACAAAGGGCAUAAUUUAUCCAAAGUUUCAUAGAGGGGUUUGAGAGCAGAGCAACUAAACAGCAGCAGCAAAAUUGAGUUACAGCCAGCAUGAAACUAAUGGUCAAUUUGCAUCUUCUCAAAUACUGUAUCUUCCUUUGCUGGCCUGUCAUACUGGAAUCUACGUGAUGGAAACAUCUGAAGGUUUUGUACCACUGAAGUCCACCUGGACAAUGCUGUCCUCAAUGCUGUACUCUUGCGAGCGGUCAGAAGGUUUCAGUUUAGCUUUGUUUGUUCAACCAACCUUCCUCUUGUUACUUCCAAGUAAUCAAAGCUACACUUGUGCACAUUUAUUUAUUGCCCACAGGGAACUCUGUAUGUGUGUGUGUGUUUAUUUAUUUUUUUAAACUUCCCUUUCUUAUGGAGAGUGUAUUUUUCAUUGAUAGUAUUUGCUGAGUAGGCUGUUCAUCAAAGUGGAGAGAUGGAGCAUAGCAAAUAGGCUUAAUUUCAGGCUGAAGUCUUCAGACCUCUGUUCAACACGUGAUUGAUUUCAAAGAGACUUGCAGUGCUCAGGCUAUUUUGUAGAUGGGCAUGAGAAGUCCUGGAACCAUGGAACUUUGAAAUUCCCAGGAUUUAAUGUCCAAUCUUCAUGGUCUUCAAGGGGCCCAGAAAAAGAUAGAUCAUAAACAGGGUCAAAGAUGUACAAGGUGGCUCAACGGAUUGGUUUCUAUUCUGCUGGGCCUUAGAGCUAACGGCCAGUGGAAUUGCUCAAAGGAGAGAAGGGGAAGAAGGACUGAGGCUGGGAAUCGGAAUAGUCGUGAUUUUGUAGAUUGAUCAAACUCUUGUUGAAGAAUCAUGAGAUUUGCUUUAAACCCAUAAUUGAAACUGAUGUUGAAUAUUUUUGCUUUCCUGCUGGUUUCAGACUUCUAGUGUAGAACAAAUGUUAUACUCAGUUACCAACAAAGUUUUUAAGAAAAAUCUUCCUAAUGUAAAUUAAGCUAUUUUAGAUUAUCUUUCAUAAACCUGAUUCACAAGAGUUGCAGUCAACAACAUAAUGGCUUAGGGCUCCAUAAAACGGAUGAAGACACACACGAGAAUUGUGUUCAUUGGCCAGUGGGUGGGAUGGGGAGAAGAGAUGGCAGGCAUCCGUCAAUGCUCUUCCAAGUAGGGAGAGAGCCCUAUUACUGCCAUCUCCAUCUUAAAUAGUGAAUUUCAGCCAAAAUCGAAGGAAUACAAACUUCAGGAUUGCAAUGCAGGAAUUGGUUAAAAGGAGUGUGCAACAUUAAUUGGUUUGGCGUACAGGAAUGAGGCUUCGUAAUAAUAUCUUUUAUGUCAGGAGAGGUGGUUUCCAUGACUUGUUUCUGACCAUUUGUAUUUUUAGACAUGGAUUGUAUUUUACUCUUAGCAGCACACUGGAGGAACUGCAUUUGUCUGUCAAAACACUUUGUGAUCAGGUCUGAAGAGAAGCCCUAUCCCAUUUAUCCUUCUUGAGGGAAGCUUUUAAAAAAAUCAACCCACCACCUUAUAUAUAAUAUAUCUAUCAUGUAGUGUUUCUGAGUAAUUCAGCUCUAGUUCCACUUUGGUGCUGAAAACCAAACCAUGUUUUAAAAGGAAGUAAUGGUAUUUAUACCAAAGUACUUCAAUGGCUUGUUUGAAAUGUGGGGGCUGGAAACACCUGAUUGCAUAACUUUCAUUGUCCUCCUCGCCUCUCAAAUAAGUGAGGGCCAGUCGAUUUUUUUGCAUAUCCCCACAGGAAGCCACUUGAGGAUGCCAGCUCUCCUCACUUCCGUAUAAAGUCUAGUCCAGUGUGGCAUAUGGAUCCCAUUGAUCUUAGAGGGUUUUCUCACCAGCACCUGAUAUUCCUAGAGGGAUCCAUGUGGCAAGCAUGAGAAGAGAGAUGAGCUAAUUUCUGGUUGGCAUAUAAUUACAGAUCCUGUGUACUGCCUUGGGCCCUCUGAUCAGUUUCUGCACAUGUGAUUGACCAGUUGAUUGAGCUCAUGGCGUUUCCUACAGGCUGAGAAUCUGAAAAGAAAUAGUUAUCUAUUCUCUUUGAAUAUCACUUGUAGCUUGGUUUUUAAAAGUUCAUUGGAGAAUAGUACCUCAAGAGUCAUGUGUGAAGCGCUCCUUUCUGUGCCCCAUAGGAAGUAACUCACCCUGUAGGUUCAAUCCAACAUCCUAAGGCAGUUCAUGGCCACCCAUUUCCCUGUGUUAUUUGCUAGCCAUCUCUCAGUGGGUGUUCACUGUCCUGAAUCCCAUUGCCCGUUACUUGGCAUGUGUGCAGUCUUAGAACAGGGAUUUCCCUCUCCUAGUUAGUACCUCCCCUCCCUUCCUGUAGUCCCAACAGCUUGUCAGAAGUAGUUGCCUGCCUCCCAAGUAGUGAGGUCAGUCUGGUCAAUUUCAGUGGAACUUAAAACACACCUACAAUAGUGUAAAGUAAAUGACAUUCUUCAUUACUUUUGAAAAGCUUUUUUUUUUACUCUGUUUGUAAAAAUCCUCAUAGAAGCUUAAAAAUAAAACUUUUCUUUCCCUAA